AUGCACACAUUUUCCACAUUACCCAUCGAAAUUGUUUAUCGAAUUAUGGAUCAUCAAAAUGAGCGGACACUAUUUUGUUCAAUGCAAAAUAUUUCCAGACGGCUCAAUCAGAUCCUGAGCACCUAUGAGCGAUAUCGAACACUCACCACACUAGAUCUCGGCGGUAACGGAAUCGGUGAUGAAGGGGCACAACUCAUUGCGGAUGCGUUGCGAACGAACACGACACUCACCACACUACAUCUCGGUAGUAACGAAAUCGGUGCCGCAGGAGCACAACACAUUGCGGAUGCGCUACGAACGAACACAACACUCACCACACUACAUCUCGGCAGUAACAAAAUCGGUUCUGAAGGGGCACAACACAUUGCGGGUGCGUUGCGAACGAACACGACACUCACCACACUACAACUCAGCGCUAACGGAAUCGGUGAUGAAGGGGCACAACACAUUGCGGGUGCGUUGCGAACCAACACGACACUCACCACACUACAUCUCCGCGCUAACGGAAUCGGUGAUGAAGGGGCACAACACAUUGCGAAUGCGUUGCGAACCAACACGACACUCACCACACUAGAUGUCGGCUGGAACGAAAUCGGUGCUGAAGGAGCACAACACAUUGCGGAUGCGUUACGAACGAACACGACACUCACCACACUAGAUCUCGGUAGUAACGAAAUCGGUGCCGCAGGAGCACAACACAUUGCGGAUGCGUUACGAACGAAUACGACACUCACCACACUAAACUUCUACGGUAACAAAAUCGGUUCUGAAGGGGCACAACACAUUGCGGAUGCGUUGCGCAGGAAUGCAAGCGUCAAUAUGGUGUAG